AUGAUAUCUGAUGAUCGCUUCACCGAUACUAUUUCUAGAAAAACUAAUGUACAAAGUGCUAUUGAACGUUUCGAUCAAGAUCGUCCUAUUCAAGUGAAGCCUCGGCACGCAUAUAAUCAAGGCUUUAAUAGCGAUGUUAAUACCACUUUGAGGAAUGCAACGCCACCUCGAGAUAGUUCUAUUGAAACGUCACCUGUAAACACUGCAUCAUUCAACUCUAUUAAUUCUUCUAAUCUGACGAAUCAUCCUCCCCACCCUGUUCCGGCUCCUCGAGCAAUUUAUAAUACUGAGACGGCGGCAGCAGUUACUGAAAGAAUGCCUAUCAUAGGAAACAGCCAGUUUGUCCUUCAAGUCCCUGGAACGAUCUCUGAAGAUGAUGAUGAUAUACACCCUACUUAUUCUAAUAUUAUGCGAUCUAACUUGCCUGCAAACUAUGGAGCUGGAAUCAAAGGACUAACUAUGAUUCCUAAUUCUUACGAGUUAGCUUACGAGCCGCCAAUCGUCUCCUCAACCGAAGACCAGCAAGUUUCGCGACCAACAGUUCCAUCAACAGGCGUAAACAUAAUAGAGAGUCGUCCAAGUCAAGCAGAACAUUUCCAGCUAGCAUCUAGUUUGAUGAAGUUGGAUCCUGAACAAAUCUUUACACGCCAAGAGAGGAUUGGCCGAGGGUCCUUUGGAGAAGUUUAUAAGGGUAUUGAUAAUCGUAAUGGACAAGUUGUUGCUAUCAAAAUAAUUGAUCUUGAACAAGCUGAAGAUGAAAUCGAAGACAUUCAGCAAGAAAUUCAGGUCCUCAGUCAAUGUGAUUCCCCGUACGUUACAAAGUAUUACGGAAGUCAUUUGAAGGGAGCUAAACUAUGGAUUAUUAUGGAGUAUUUGGGUGGAGGAUCAGCUCUUGAUCUAACUAAAGCUGGAAAACUUGAUGAAAGUCAUAUCGCCGUAAUACUCAGAGAAAUAUUGAAGGGUCUUGAGUACCUUCAUUCAGAGAAGAAGAUACACAGAGAUAUAAAAGCUGCCAAUGUCCUCGUCUCGGAGCACGGAGAUAUUAAAGUUGCUGAUUUCGGAGUUGCUGGUCAACUUUCCGAAACUGUUAAGAAACGAUUCACUUUCGUAGGGUCACCUUUUUGGAUGGCUCCCGAGCUCAUAAAACAAGCGAGCUACGAUUAUAAGGCUGAUAUAUGGUCUCUCGGUAUUACGGCAAUAGAAUUAGCUAAUGGAGAGCCUCCACAUAGUGAUCUUCAUCCAAUGAGAGUAUUGUUCCUCAUCCCCAAAAAUGAUCCUCCCCAACUGACAGGAAGUUGGAGUAGAGCCUUCCAAAACUUUGUCGAGCAAUGCCUGAAUAAAAACCCCGAUAAUAGACCAACUGCUAGUGAACUAUUGAAACAUGUUUUCAUCAGAAAGGCAAAGAAGAACAGUAUUCUAGUAGAUUUGAUAGAACGAGCCGCUGAAUACAGAGCUAGAACGGGAGUUUCUUCUGAUAGUGAUGUCGAUGAUGACUCAGAUGGAGGUACUGGAUCCAGCAGCUGGGAUUACCCAACUGUUCGUGGUCCUAAAACUAGAGAAAGAGAUGAAACCGUUAGGCAACGUGAAAAGACUCGUCCUUCAAUACAUAGAGACCCUAGUCCUGGAGAUACUAUUGUAAAAAGUUCUCCUGCCGUCUUAGCAGCGGCUGAACAAUUACGUCACAAUAGCAUAAAUGAUGGCAAUCGUAAGAACUCUGCUCACGUCACUGUUCCAAAUAAUAGGACGCAUGGAAUUGCUGGCCCUACUACCAUCACAUUAGGAAGUCCUCCUAGCAGUCCGAAUGCUUCUCUUGCGCGUAGUAAUCCUCAACCUUACCACUCUUCUCCUUCCUCGUCAACAAGAACUGCUGAGAGAAGUAGGCCACCUUCUGCAAGAUCUCAAGAUUCUAGGGUAUCUGAUGUGAGAGAACCUCCAAAGAAUCAUGUUGAAUAUCGCGGGUAUGACAGACCUCAGUACCAAUACGAGGAACCUGAGAAGCCUGUUAGAAAAGAGAACUCCCUGAACUGCUCAUUCCUCCCUGCUCUAGAUAAGCUUUCAAGAACGCGGCAUGCUAGAGCAGAAUUAGAGUCUUUAGCAGGAGCCUUACGACAAGCGGAACAGGCUUCACCUGGAGUAUGUGAUCAGUUGAUCACUGAAAUUCUCAAGCGAAUAGCGCACCCUCAAGCCAAUCCCCAUGAUGUACAAGCAGCAAUCAAUCGAUUAACCACUCCUCAAAAUUAA